AUGGGUCAAGUCAUCGAAGCGCCCAAGUUUCUCGAGGUUGAUCCGAAGCCUGUAUCGGCAGGACGGAAGGUGUAUGCGACUCAAAUAGCCGUUGCUAAGGCAAAGCAGUCCUCCGUCGACGACGUGAUGAACAAGACACAUGCGAUUAGGCAAUGGAUGUCCAACGUUGAAGUCGUAAAUACGGGAAAGCUUGCCGCCGUACGCGCUUAUUUUAAGCUAGGCUAUUAUAAGUAA